AUGGUCAGCUUGAGGUCUGGCAGCACGUAUGAUGCUAGCCAAAAACCUCGCCUCAUAACACCUCCGGAAGCCGAACCAGUGCAGGCAGAACCGGAGACAGAACCGGAGGCAGAGCCGGAGGCAGAACCGGAGACAGAGCCGGAGACAGAGCUGGAGACAGAGCCGGAGGCAGAACCGGAGACAGAGCCGGAGGCAGAACCGGAGGCGAAGCUGGAAGGAGAACCGAAAGCAAAGGUCCAGGAUGGGUUAUUCUUCAGAAAGAUUCCUCCCGAACUUCGCCUUAUCAUCUGGCAUCUACUCAAACCCCCCCAAGGACAAGUCAAAUUGGAGCCGGUCAAAAUCGCGAAGCUCACUCGCAAAAUCUACAGGACCAUGCCUCAUGUACCACCACCGAGUUGGAAUUUGCUUCUUCAGAUAUGUCGAGAAUCUCGAUUUGAGGCGUUGAAAUUAUUCAGCUUGUGUCUUGGGGAGCAUGCCCGGGUAUUAACUAGCUCUGCCAUCGACACGGUACCAAUAACCUCAUGGGAUCUCGACGAAAGUCGGUUUAUGCCGUUUACCGUACCGAUGGACGUCCGUCACUUAGCGAUUCAUUCCUACGACUUCGAUCGCGUGUGGAAAGUGGCUCACCAGCGCCUAGAUCUCGAGACAUUGACCAUAAUUGAUCACGUAUUUGGCUGCAAAGGCCACUGUCUGCAAAGCGGCGGCUAUGCAGGAGGAAGUCUGCUACCGCCAUACUCUGGGUUAGAGGAGAGGACGUUCCUGGGCGUGCUCCAUCACUUACUUCGCACCAUCUCCAGAGGCUCGUUGAAGCACCCAAACUGGAAGAAUCUCAAGUUUCGCAUCCUGGUCACGGGGGCAACCCGUGUAUACCCAGAUGACCCUUCGGGGCCCUUGCGACAAUCAUUCUUACCGCCAGCACACAGUUUUUACACUUUUUGA